UGUGCAAGUGUUUCGUGAAAACCCCCGUGAAAAUAGUGGAAAUACACCGUGAAAGAUGACCAGGCUGAAAGGUGAUAGUGUUCAGUCACUGGACGAUCUCGUGAAGUACGUGACUCUUCACAUACCCAAUCCGCUGGUUUUCAAUGGGGCGAUAUUUCCCUUCCUGAUCCUCUACUGCAUCUGGUUCUACUUCUCCGUGUGUGUUUACGGGAUCUGGGAGCACUACGAAGCCGGUCUUCUGUCGCUGGCCAUCAUCGGAUGUGUCCAGACGCUGUGCUGUCUAUGCUGCUUCUGGAGCGUUCACGUGAAUUCCGCCCUGAACUUCCGAAAGACAAAAUUGCCCGCUGCCGGAGUGUAUGCUAAGGUGGUGCCAACGCCUAAUAAUGGGUCCGCAGAACUUACACUCAUUCAGAGCUCGAGGGCGUCUGCAGACGCGGAGCCUGAGUACUGGAUUAUGUUUCAGAAGAUCAAGUACAUCUGGGACGCAGAGAAGGCCCAGUUUCGUGGCAUUGACUUCCCCGUGCACAUGACAUACAAGGAGUACAUCGAGGCGAAGGGACAUGAGGAUGAAGCCGAUGUGAACUUGGCUGAAAAGACAUACGGGAAGAACCUUAUGGAAAUGGCAGUCCCGGAAUUCUAUCAGCUGUUCAUCGAGCGCGCCACGGCACCCUUCUUCGUCUUCCAGAUCUUCUCGGUGGGCUUGUGGUGUCUGGACGAGUACUGGUAUUACUCCCUGUUCACCCUGUGCAUGCUGGUCAUCUUCGAAUGCACACUCGUCCAGCAGCAGCUCCGCAACAUGGCUGAGAUCCGAAAGAUGGGCAACAAGCCCUAUCUCAUCAAUGUCUUCAGGAAUCGCAAGUGGCGCCAAGUGAUCUCAGAUCAGCUCGUGCCUGGCGAUCUGAUAUCUGUCGCGCGCUCUCAGAAUGAUCAUCUCGUGCCCUGUGAUCUUGUGCUCCUUCGCGGCUCUUGCAUUGUAGACGAGAGCAUGCUCACUGGCGAAUCUGUGCCUCAGAUGAAGGAGAGUCUGGAAAACACAGGAGAUCUCUCGAAGGAGCUCGACCCUGAGGGUGAUGGUAAGCUGUUUGUGCUCUUCGGUGGCACUAAAGUUGUUCAACACACUCCACCGUCCAAAGGAGCCAUGAGGGCUCCGGAUGGAGGCUGUAUUGGCUACGUUCUUCGCAAUGGAUUCAACACUAGCCAAGGGAAGCUUCUGAGGACAAUUUUGUUUGGCGUGAAGCGUGUGACAGAGAAUAAUCUCGAGACAUUCGCCUUCAUUCUCUUCCUCCUGAUCUUUGCCAUCGCCGCGGCGCUGUAUGUGUGGAUCAAAGGCACUGAGGAUCUGGAGAGGAAUCGCUAUAAGCUUUUCCUGGAGUGUACACUCAUCCUCACCUCCAUAAUCCCGCCGGAUCUGCCUAUUGAGCUCUCUUUGGCCGUGAAUACGUCGCUCUUGCAGCUCUCUAAGCUCUAUGUGUACUGCACAGAGCCCUUCCGGAUUCCAUUCGCUGGAAAGGUGCAAAUCUGUUGCUUCGACAAGACAGGCACGCUCACUAGUGACAAUUUGAUGGUUGAGGGCAUUGCUGGCCUCAAAGAAGACAAGAGCAUCACUAAUAUAGCUGAUAUACCAGAGACUACUGUGCAAGUUUUAGCCACUUGUCACUCCCUGGCGCAAUUGGAUGACGGAUUGGUGGGUGAUCCGCUGGAGAAAGCAACACUGACGGCUGUGGAUUGGAAUCUCACGAAGCAGGACAGUGUUGUGCCGAAGAAAGGGAAGUUCAAGCCACUGAAAAUUUACCAGAGAUUCCACUUCUCAUCCUCAUUGAAGAGAAUGUCUGUGUUGGCUGGCUAUACUAUUCCAUGGUCCAGUGAUGUGUGCUACAUUGGCACAGUGAAGGGGGCUCCGGAGACAAUUGUGACGAUGCUGAAAGAUGUUCCUAGUCACUAUGAAGAGACCUACUUGGAAUACUCCAGGAGAGGCGCCAGAGUUCUGGCGCUGGGUAUAAAGGAGUUCGGGAAGAUGGAGAAUCAGCAAAUGCGCGAGAUCAAGAGGGAAGAUGUGGAGAAGGACCUAAUUUUCGUGGGAUUUGUCGUAAUUUCCUGCCCACUGAAGCCGGAUUCGAAGAGUAUUGUGAAGGAGAUAAUUCAGGCAUCGCAUAAAGUCGUCAUGAUCACGGGUGAUAAUCCCUUGACUGCUUGUCAUGUGGCUAAGGAGUUGAAGUUCACGAGAAAGCCCAUGUUGAUUCUCUCACAGAAGGAUCAGUGGUCUUGGCAGUCCAUCAAUGGAGAAACCAGCCUUCCAGUGGAGCAAGAUGUACCCAGAUUCGUGCGGGAGUAUGAUCUGUGCAUCACCGGGCAUGGAUUGGUGUAUCUCAUGGACCAAGAGAGCGCUUUCCUGCGACGAGUACUUCCUUAUGUAACUGUCUAUGCGAGAUUCUCGCCGAAGCAGAAGGAAUUCAUUAUCACAACACUGAAGAAUCUGGGCUAUUGUUGUCUGAUGUGUGGAGACGGGACAAAUGACGUGGGAGCGCUAAAGCACGCCAAUGUGGGUGUGUCUAUUCUCAGCAAGGCGCCUCUGAAAGCGCCAGAGAAGAAGCCUGAGCCAAUUGAAGCGGCGCCACAGAGGCCGGCGCCAGGAUUACGAGAGCGCCAGAAUCUCAGUCCAAGGGAUCGGGCUUUGCUGCGGCACAGGGAACAGAUGAUGUCAACCCAGGAGAGACUGCAGAGAGAGCUUAAGGAGUUGGAUGAGGUGCAGGUGGUGAAACUGGGAGAUGCCAGCAUUGCUGCUCCGUUCACUAGCAAACUCUCUUCCAUCAUGUGCGUGUGCCACAUCAUCAAGCAGGGCAGAUGUACACUCGUGACAACACUCCAGAUGUUCAAGAUUCUCGCCUUGAAUGCCCUCAUCUCCGCCUACUCACAGUCAGUGCUGUAUGUGGACGGAGUGAAGCUGAGUGACACUCAGGCAACACUCCAGGGACUUCUGCUGGCAGCGUGCUUCCUGUUUAUCACGCGCUCGAAGCCGCUGAAAGUGCUGUCGAAGCAAAUGCCGCUGCCCAAUAUCUUCAAUAUUUACACGCUAAGCACGAUUUUGCUGCAAUUUUCUGUGCAUUUCGCCUCACUGAUCUAUCUUGUGGGCGAGGCAACGGCCAGGAGUCCACCGCGAGAGGGGAAGAUCGUGCUCAACGCAGAUCUGGAUGGUUCUGAGCGACCAGAGUUCCAGCCCACGCUAAUCAACAGCACUGUUUACCUGAUAUCAAUGGCUCUCCAAGUGUCCACCUUUGCAGUUAACUACAAGGGACAUCCUUUCAUGGAGAGUCUGAAGGAAAACCGACUUUUGCUGUACUCAAUCUUGAUCUCUGGAUUCAUUGUGAUUUGUCUGGCGCUCAACAUUUCACCUGACUUGACGACAACAUUCGAGAUUGUUGAGUUUCCUAGCGAUUUCCGGAACAUUUUAAUCAGCGUCCUGCUGGCCGAUGCCUGCCUGGCAUUCCUCAGUGACAGGCUCUGUUCAUUCCUGUUCGGCGAAAGUAGACAGAAGUACGAACUGAUCAACUACUAGAGGAGAGGAGUCAGCACAAAAAUCCUGAAUCACACUGAAGAUAUAGAGAGAGAGAGAGAGUGAAUGGGAGCGUGUGAGUGUGAAUUAUAUUUGAAUGAAGAAACCCAUUGUGUGAAGAGGUAAAUAAAUUUUGAGGAGAUCUUUUAAUUUAACAAGUGUAGGUAGAAAAGAAAUUUAAUUGAUAAAAGCACAUGUUUACGCAUGUUCUAGCCGUUGAGAGUGAAAUUCCGUAGAAGAGUUGAAUUUAUCAUCCAGUAUAGAUUAGAGAUUGACACUUGUUAAUUUGCAGCUGAAAGAAUUUGUCGUCUUUUUCAAUUUACACGUACUUUUCUUGUGAAUUUUUUUUUACAUUAUAAUAUUGCAUUUAUGAGACACUUCACGGACCAACAGAUCCAAUUGAUGAUUGCACAGUUCUCUUGAAGUCUGAACUUGAAGUCAAAUAUUUCCGUACCUAAUUUCUAACAUUUAGCCAAUUGUCAAUCUUAUUCAUGGCGUAACGUGAGUUUUGAGACGAAAUACAUGAUAUUUACAAACAC